AUGGCAAGAUGCAUGGACGCGGCACUUACAAGUAUGCAGCCUGCCAAGCUUAAAGCAGAGGCCGAAGGCGACGUCUACCAGGGGGAGUGGAAGGAUGACAAGCGGCACGGGAAGGGCGUGGUCACAUACGUCAGCGCGCGUGGCAGUGUGGUGGAGAAGUUCGAAGGUGAUUGGGUGAACGGCAAGAUGCAUGGUCAGGGGAAGUACCAAUAUGCGGAUGGUGGCGUCUACGAGGGAGAUUGGCAAGAUGGCAAAAUGCAUGGCAGGGGGAUCUAUGUUUUCCCGAAUGGGAACACAUACGAUGGUGAGUGGGUGAAUGACAUGAAAGAAGGCUAUGGCACCUUGACAUACCAAAAUGGUGAAAAGUACGAUGGCUACUGGAAGCAAGACAAGGUCCAUGGGCAAGGUACCCUGGUGUAUACUUACGGAGACAAGUUCAUAGGCCAAUGGGUCGAUGCCAAGAAGGAAGGCGAGGGUGAACUGAUUUACUCCAACGGCGACCGCUUCAAAGGCCAAUGGGUGGAUGAUCGAGCAUCGGGCCAUGGACUCUUCCAGUACUCCAAUGGAAAUCGCUACGAGGGCCAAUGGCUCGACGACAAGCGCCCAGCGGCUCAGUCCUCCGCCGUUCGACGAAAGCGCGUCGACGGCAGCUUCGACCGAGGCCAUGGACGCGGUUUGUUUGCCUGUGCAGAGGACCGGGUGAACUGGGAUGGUUCUGUCUACGACGGCGAGUUUGCCUAUGGGCGGAAAGAUGGUUUGGGCUCCCAGCGCCGCGCCGCGCCUUGCUCGGUACAACCGGGCAAGAGCUGA